CCUAUGGUUUCUUGACAGUUUAAGCAGUACACUGGACAAAACUCUGUAUAAUCCUUAAACCACCCAUCCACUGCCUAUUAAGAAAAUAUAUUUUUAUCAGCAAAACAUAAGCAUUGCUUUUAAAUAUAUAUCAUAUGUAAUUCAUCACCUUUCAUGGAACUCAAAAACUUAAUGCGUGAACAUAAAUAUAUUUGUUGUGGGUACGCAGACACGUGACGUUUAUGUGCGAACUGUUCAGUAAGGUCUAAGUAGUGUUAAUAUCAUGUGACUGGUCACUUGAGUAGUAUUAUCAAAUAGAAGGUGGUGAGGAAAAGUAGAUUUUAGAGUUAGGUCAUUCGAAGGCUCUUUCGCAUUCCGUGAAGAUGGCAGAGAAUGAUCAAACUGAUUCGGGUCCACGCCCCGAGGACCCAGAAAGACAAGAAGGUUGGAAAACCGUGAAAGAGUAUCAAAUUUCUGACUUUGCUGACGAUUCUGGAGAUGAAAGAAAGAUCAGAGCAGCGGAAAACAGGGCUCUUCGUCAAUCGCGUAAAAACAACUACCGUUUUUCUCCAUAUGCCACUCCCACCGCAGCCGCAGGUGCCCCUUUUUCUACCAACAGAGCAAUGGCUUCCUCGCCGUACCCAGGGCCUUUUCCUUCAGCCGCAGUCAGCUCAGCAGGCCAGUUGAAUCCCAGUCUAGGGCCCAGAUUUCCCACUUUUUCGUCACAGCCUUUUCGUAGGAUCCGCAAACCGAUGCCGUCCGACAUCUGCUUCCUCUGUUUGCAGCCGGGACACUGGAGAUCAAGCUGCCCCAACGCCCAAGUUAGACCAGAACCAGAGAACCAACGCAAUUGAAAAUGUAAAAGAUAAGUAUUUUCUGAAAGAUCCAGAAACUUUUGAAUGCUUGGCAGACUUACAUUUGCGCCAACAUAUAGAACAUUUAAAAAAACUUGAUCGUAAUUUCUCAAAGACAGACGGCAUUAAAGGAAGUCUUCGUGCCCAUAUGCAAUUUUGGAAAGACAUGAACACUUAUUCGGACAUUCUCAGAAUCAUAGAGAACGGUUACGAUAUUCCGUUUAUAUCCAAUCCUCCAUCCAUGUUUAUGCAAAAUAACAGAUCAGCUAUAAAAAAAAACGCACAUUUUGUCAAAAAUACAAUUAAAGAAUUGUUGAAUACAGGUUGUAUUGUUCAAGUGCCUUUUAGACCUUUUAUUGUUAGUCCUCUAAGCGUUGCUGAAAACAGAGAAAAGAAGAGAUUAAUUUUGGAUUUAAGUCAAUUGAACAAUCAUAUUAAAAAAGAUUAAGUUCGAAGACUGGAAAGCGGGUAUAGAUUACUUUGAAAAAGAUUGCUUAAUGAUUAAAUUUGAUCUUAAAUCAGGUUACCAUCAUAUCGAUAUUUCACAUAGAUUUCAAUCUUUCUUGGGAUUUUCCUGGGAUCAUCAUUUCUACUGUUAUACCGUUCUGCCUUUCGGUCUUUCCUCUGCUCCUUAUAUUUUCACUAAAUGUUUGAGGCCGUUAGUCAAGUAUUGGAGAGAAAAAAGCAUUAAGAUAGUUUUAUAUCUAGAUGACGGGAUAGUCUUUUCAAAAAAUUUACAUGAGUGCCAGCGAGAUUCCUCGUUAGUGAGAAAUUCUCUUAUUCAAGCGGGUUUUUUAAUCAAUGAAGAAAAAUCAAAAUUUUCACCUGUUAAUAGUUUAGAAUGGCUCGGUAUUAUUUGGGAUGCCCCAUCUUUUGCUCUGUCAAUACCAGAAAGGCGAAUUCAAAAUACUUCAAUAGCAAUAAAAAAAA